AUGUUCCGCGCAGUCCAAUCGGUCCGCUCCCUCUCGACCACCGCGGCUUGCCGCCAGGACUUGAUCCAACAGACUUUUGUCACCAAGAUCCGGGAGAUCGCCAAGAACGCCGGUAACCUUGCCAACUCGGACCCAGCCGUCAAGAAGGCUCUCCAAGAAGAACUCAACAGAUUGGCUACUAAAUUCCAACUCGCUAGCGCCGAUGUUGUCUCCAAGCUCCCAACAAACUUCGAAACAGCCAAGGUCGAUUCCGCCGUUCAAUCUGCUCUUGAAGGACAAACUUUGGCCCAGCUUAUCGAAGGAGUCAAGAAGGAACAUUCUGAAUACAUUGCCUCCCGUGAUGCCAAGAAGGCCGAGCAAGCCGCCCGCAACGCCGCCAUCAAGCAAUAA